CCCAGUCGGCAUCUACAAAACAGUCUAUUACAUCAUUAUUUAUAUUAUUUUGGCGAUAUGUUAAUUUCAGAUUUUUUGUUAAAUACAAAUAUUUCAGCACUCUUAAAGCAUAUUUAAAAUGUGUCUCAUUAAAACAAUUUUGAAACCUUUUAAAAACGAAAUUGUCUGUUUUUUUAAUUGUUUGUCCAGUUUUUUGUGCAGUUUUCAAGGCGUUUAUUUUUUCUGACAAAUUCUCUCCAUAGAGAUAUUCAUCUCUAUCAAUGUCAUGUGACAAUGUAAGUCGGUUAAUAUUUUUGAGGCAUCACUUAAUAUUUUAUUAUAUUUAGUCUAUCACCUGUGUCAGUAAUUGUUAAGGAUAGUGCCUUGCUCAAAGCUGAUAUCCCCUGACCUAACUGUUGUUGAUCAGCCUCUAUUUUCUUAUCUCGUCUUUUUCCAGUAUCAGAAAUUGUGGCCAUGAUUUCUGGAUUGAGUUUAGGAGCUUGCAAAGUUUUGCAAUUAUCAGGUAUUAAAUACUGCUUCAGUAAUGACUCUUUUACUUCUCUAUCUAACCCACAAACUUACCACAGUGUUGGAGCGACAUCCAUUAACUGCUGACAGAAUCUUUAAUUUCGACGAAUCAGGUGUAUCUACCGUUCUAGAUACUCCCAAAGUCCAAGAUGUCAAAAACAAGUUGGACAAAUUGCAGCAGAAAGAGGCGAGCUCGUAUCUUUUGAUGGCAUUACAUAUAUCUGCAAGUGUAAGUAUCAUUACUCCACUUUUCGGGUUUCUACAUUUUAUUUUUUCAUGCAUAGGGGAAAGGGGGGCAUAACGGGGACGCGAGGCACGACGGGGCCAUCCACACUUACAAAAAACUAUACGCUCUAGAUGUGUUUUGUUUUCGCUAAUAGGUAGCCAUUUUGUAUCUCUCUUUAGUUUGACAGUGACCGGCGACUAGACUGCGCGCGUUUGAUUAUCAAAACAAAAAAGUAUUUUCAACGCAAUAUUAUGUAAUUUUGAGUGACUACGAAUAGGCAUAUAAAAAGGUAUAAAAAUGGUACGGACGUAGAAGAAAAGUUCGAGACUUAGUUGGUCCAUGGAAAACAUGAAACAGCCUAUCGAUGCAGUCUUGAGCAAAACUGCUGGCUAUAGAAAAGCAGCUCACCUGUAUAGUGUACCACAGACCACAUUAAAGCGUCACGUCGCUAAAAUAAGGAAAGGCGAGCUGUCUCUUGACUCUACUCUAGGUAACUUCAAGCCCGUGUUUUCCGAAAAAGAAGAAGAGGAGCUGGUAAGCUACAUUAUCGAAAUGGAGAAACGUUUGUUCGGUUUAACCACUAUCGUCCUACGGAAGCUAGCUUAUCAGCUAGCGGAAAAAAAUGGCAAAACUCACAAAUUUAAUCAUGAUAAAAAGAUAGCAGGCGUAGAUUGGUUAAAGGGAUUCUUGAAGCGCCACUCAGAUUUAUCUAUCCGAAAACCGGAAGCUACAUCAGCAGCUCGAGCAAUGGGCUUUAAUAAAGUGGCUGUGGGUAAAUCUUAUUCUCUGCUCGGGGAAAUAUAUGACAAAUAUAAUUUGACGCCAGACAGAAUUUUUAAUUGCGAUGAAACUGGCAUAUCAUGCGUCUCAAAAACUAAGAGCAAAAUUAUUGCAGAAAAGGGUAGGAAACAGGUAGGAUCGCUUUCUUCAGCAGAACGAGGGCAGACGGUUACGGUUGAGGUAUGUUUUAAUGCAGCAGGAACUUACAUGCCUCCUACGCUAAUAUUUCCUCGACAGAGAAUGAAGCAAGAGUUACUGGAUCGAGCUCCUCCAGGGACGACAGCAGAAUGCAACGCUAAAGGAUGGAUUACAACUGAAAUAUUUUUGAGCUGGUUCCAACGGUUUACAAGUUUUCUGGUGCGUCAAUAAC